CUCUAUAUGAAUAUGAUCAUCAUUACAUCGCCCACUCUGCCUCUUGGGUACCCAUUCACUGCUGUGUGAACAGAGGCAUAUGGUGAGUGAAGCCCUUUACCCAAUGUGAUACAACACGUUUAUCAACACAUGUCUGUGUAUCUCACCACUGCAACAUUGACAGCUAUGUAUGUACAUUAUGUAACACUUGUGUCAAUCUUGUAUUAACAACGAAGGAGCGGGGAAUGUUUUUUUGUUGAGGAGAAAUAUUGUGUUGUCAUGUCGCAGUUGCCACUGGUGCGGGGGAUAUUGAUGACUUUGUCUACGUGUUGAUGACGUUUUCAAACAUAACAUCAUUCUCAUAUUUUCAUUUAGCUUUUGAAUUGACAAUGAUUACACCUCUUUUUUAAACCUCACUGCUUCAUUACAGACCAUGCAAGAGAGGAAGGGGAUGAAGAUGAUCUGCAGUCACAGGCUGGGACAGAGACUGAACAAAAACUAUACUGGAGCCAUGCAGCAGUUCUGCUCCUCAUAGAUCUGAGACAGAGACUGCAACACCUCUUCAGCAGCACUACAGUGUCCAUGAAGCAGGCAUGGAAAUCUGUUGCAGAUCGGAUGAGUGAAAAGGGCUUUCACUUCACAGGACCUGAAUGUGACAGGAAAUUCCGCAGCAUGAAGUCAAGACACCGGACCAUUGUGGGGCGCAAUAAGACAACUGGGAGUGGCCGAUCAACAUGGCGCUAUUUCUCACUAAUGGACCAUCUCACACAGGGCGACCCUGCAGUGGAGCCACUUGCUCCUGUUGGUAGCUUGCCCACCACACAUACACAGGAGAGGAGUAGUGUGGAUGGGGAAACAGUGGCAGAAGAACCCCCAGCUACUGCAGCUCCUAGACGGAGGAGAUCCUCAUCCGGUGACAGGAUGGAGUCAGCAAUCACUGCUCUGAGGAGAGACCUCCUCACCAUGCAUCAGGAGAGGAUGGAGCUAGAGACUAGGAGGGUGGUGGCGUUGGAGAGUAUUGCGCAGUUCUUGAAAGAAAAACAUAAAUAA